AUGUCUGGGGGGGAGCGUAUUCGUGAUUCUGAUAUCGUGUAUUUGCUGUUGCAAGAAGUGCUGAGACACCAUUUGAUUCAAAUAUCUAUAGUCAUUGCAUAUGUUGGUAAACUAACUUCAAACAAGAGAAAGUGUAUUAGAUUGUGUCGCAAACCUUCGUAUGGAUCGAAAUGCCUUCGGCCGGCUGUGUCGUAUUCUAAGGGAUAUGGGGGGGGGUUAGUAGAUGGGAAUUACGUUGUCGUCGAAGAACAGGUAGCUAUAUUUGUCUCGGUCCUAGCCCAUCACAAAAAGAAUCGAGUAGUAGGCUUUGAUUUUAGGUGGAGUGGCCAAACAAUAUCACAUUAUGUGCACGCGGUGUUGGGUGCUGUUUUGCGAUUGCACGAUAUAUUUUUAGCUAAGCCUGAGGCUGUUAGCGAUGACUGUACAGACGGAAGGUGGCAAUGGUUUAAGGGUUGUUUAGGAGCUUUGGACGGAACCUAUGCCAAUGUCUUGGUUAGUAAAACAGACACACCGAGAUAUAGGACAAGGAAGGGUGAAAUUUCUACAAAUGUCUUGGCUGUUUGUGAUCGGGACCUGCAAUUUGUUUAUGCUUUGUCUGGGUGGGAAGGCUCGGCGUCUGACAGUAGAAUAUUGCGCGAUUCUUUAGCCAGGCCACACGGCCUUAAAGUGCCCAAGGGAAAAUAUUAUUUGUGUGACAAUGGUUACGCAAAUAGCGAGGGAUUUCUUACCCCCUUUAAAGGGCUUCGAUAUCAUCUGAAGGAGUGGGGUCCCACGGCUGCCUGACCUCAAAAUAAAGAAGAGCUCUUCAAUCUCAGACAUAGCAAGGCACGAAAUGUAAUUGAGAGGGCUUUCGGUAUUUUGAAGAUGCGUUGGGGAAUUUUACGAUCAACGACGUUCUAUCCUAUAAAAAUACAAAAUAGAUUAAUAAUGUCGUGUUUUUUAUUGAAUAAUUUCAUUCGUAAGGAGAUGACGACUGAUCCAAUGGAGCAACAAUUUGACUCGAUGCGCGGGGUGAAUGAUAGUGGAGUCCCUGAUCACUAUGAAUUUGUAGAAUCGAUUGAGGCUUCACCUCAAUGGAAUGCCAAGAGACAAGAAUUAGCCGAUGAAAUGUGGCUGCAAUACCUAAAUUCGCACUAGGAUGGCUUCUAGCUCAACAGUAUCAACAAACACACCUAUUUGCACCUGCGGCCAAUAUCGGAUGCGUCUAUCGUAUGCUAGAGUUUCACUUUAUAAUUCUGUUCAUGUCUCUUGCUAUUUUGGUGGGUGGUAUUUUCAUUGGGAAACUUAUGUAGGAUGCCGUUGGGUGUAAUUUGAGGAUUAUGCUUCCAUUUUGGGUAAGAAAUACUUGUCAAUGCAUGAAUUUGAGCUACGUACUCUAUGGAUUAUGUAUCCGUUGUGUAAUUUGAUGAAAUAUGAUUUUAACUCUUUGUGUAAUUUGAUGAAGACCGAAAAAAU